UCGAUCAAUGAAUCCUCCUUCUUCUUCUUCAUGGAAACAUUUAAUUGCAUGCAAUGUGUUUUCUGUUAAUCUAUCCACAGAGUUGGGUCCUACAUUAGGAUCUUUAUACAUAUAUAAAAUAUCCAUAGCUCAAUUCAAAUAAUCCACAAAUGAAUAUGGUUUAGACGCCAACUGCUCUUCGACGCCCACUCUUUGGCGGUUUAUUGUUCGCAUUGAGUAUUCUUCUCACGUGGGUAUUUCCUGUUUCCAUUUCUUUAAUUGCCAACUUUCCUGAGCUGGAUUCCCCUUGAUCGGUUUUGUAUUGUGAGUGGCAUUUGCAAUUAGAUAUUUGAUCCCUCUUUUUUCCUUCAUUUUUUGUGUGGGGAAGCAGUUAUUUCACCGAUCAUCAUAGUGGUUUGUAUGAAAGAUUUAAUCUUUAUUCAAUUUCUUGAAAUGGGAUAGUUGAUGGGAUUUGGAUUGCUUGGUGGAAAGAGGUGGGGCUUUUCUGGGGAGCAUUUGUAGGUAGCUUUUGUGGUUUUUGAAGUAUCAAAUUUGUGAUUUUUAUGUGAUUUGGAGAUUCUGUUAGUUAAAGGUGUUUGUUGGUUUUGUAUUUGAUUUGGAAGAGGUGGGAGCCUUUGGAUUGUUUGAUGGAACAGUGUGGUUAGUCUGUUUCAAGGUUUUUGGAGUGUCGAAUUUGUGGAUUUAUUGUGUAUUUGAAGAUUGUGCUAGUUAGGGGUGUUUGGUUCCUGUCAAGAUGCAAGCUGUGGGGAAGAUAGGUAGCUACAUUAGUAAGAGUGUGUACACGGUUUCCGGGACUUUCCAUCCGUUUGGUGGCGCUGUAGACAUAAUCGUGGUGGAGCAGCCGGAUGGGAGCUACAAGUCUUCGCCAUGGUAUGUUCAGUUUGGGAAGUUUCAGGGGGUGUUGAAGAUGAAAGAGAAGGUGGUCAGCAUUAGUGUGAAUGAUGUUGAGGCGGAUUUCAAUAUGCACUUGGAUAGUAAAGGAGAGGCAUUCUUUUUGGAGGACAUUGAGGUAGCAGAGGAAGCUGAGUGUGGAGCCUCGUCUCCACACUCAUCCGGUGAGGAGACGGAAGGGAAGCCUAGAUGGCCGCUGAAAUUGAAAAGUUGCAACUAUGAAUCUGGUUUGUUUGAACCUGUUGUUGCUGAAAGGAUGCCUAGGACGAACUCGCGCAAGUCUAAUUUUUUUGGCAUAUUUGGAAGGAGAUCUGCGACAGAAGAGGCUGUUCAAGGGAAAGAAAAUGCACAUGAUAAUAACGCAGAAGGAUCGUUAGAGGCUGCUGAGAUGGCAGUUGAUCUGUUGGACUUGAGGUGGUCUACUAAUCUUGGUUCCCCCAAAUGCAAGAGAGACGAUUGCGAGCUAUCAUCUGAUGCAGACACAUUGACAAAAGUUGUCAAGAAAAGUCCUCUGUGUGAUGGCUCUAGUCAUGAUGAAAUAAGUCUUAUGAAGAGCAAUGCCGAGGCGAAUGGUGUAAACAUUGAAUGUGUUGCCUCGGAGUAUACUGUUACCCCUUCAGUCGACAGUGCAGGAGAAUAUACCACUUUAACCAAGUUAGAACCGGUGAUAUCAGCGUUAGGCUUAAAUAAAUCAGAUUUGCAGCUGAGUUCUGCGGUUUCUGAGGCUACAAAAUCUGAUACGGAUAUUGAUGACUGUAUUGCGAGGCUUAAUAGUUUGUCCGAUGCUAACUUCUCUGUGGAGGAGAAUGGAAGAGAUAAUAGUCACUCUUUCUACUCAUCCGUUGAAUUGGAGGGAUCAUCCAAAGAGAAAAUUCGGCCGUUUUGUCAUAGAGAAUGCAGAGAAGUAUGCAUUUAUUCCGGGGAUCAUUUCACGGUCGUGCAUGAAGAAAAGAUGUCCGUGGGUGGAGGAACUAGUAAUGGUGUACCCGUGGAUGAUGAACAUACUAUUUUGGGGGAUAAAGACAAGAUUGUUUAUGAUCCCCAUAUCGAAAGUUGUACUGUUUCACCUAAUGAUGUCCGCGCUACAGAGAUUGGCAACCUAAGCCUUAGAACUGCGAGAUCUUUGCCCAUCAUGGGUUCCGUAAGCAAUACUCUUGAAGUAACUGAUCCCAGCCACCUCUCAAAUGCUUCACCAUAUCCAGAUGUGGAUGUAUGUACAGAAAUAGAUGAUCAACCGCCGGAUGUUCAAAGAACAGCUGGUGAACCUCCUAAGCCGGGAUACCCUCCGAAGCCCGUGGAUACUUUAUUAGGAACUGGUGGAAAGGGCCACUUCAGAAGAUCAACAGCCACAAAAAUCCCUGAUGUGACGUCUUCCAGUGAAGAGGCGAAUGACUUAGACAUUUCAAACGAACCUAGUGACGUGGAGAGCGGAACGAAUAUGACCAAAGUGAAGGGAAGCAAGAAGAAAGUAAAGACACUAACUCCAUCAUCUAAACAUCUGCAAUCCUUACAGUUAAAAGAAGGGAAGAAUAUUGUGAUAUUCACCUUCUCAACUGCCAUGCUGGGCAAGCAACAGGUUGAUGCCCGGAUUUUUCUGUGGAGAUGGGACUCUAAAAUUGUGAUAUCUGAUGUUGACGGGACAAUUACACGUUCUGAUCUUCUAGGUCAGGUCAUGCCCUUGGUUGGCAUGGAUUGGUCUCAGACAGGUGUCGCGCAUCUCUUCACAGCAAUAAAGGAGAAUGGAUAUCAAUUACUUUUCUUAAGUGCACGUUCGAUUUCUCAGUCUUACAUCACUCGACAAUUCCUUGUUAAUAUCAAACAGGAUGGAAAAGCUUUACCGGAUGGACCCGUCGUCAUCUCCCCUGAUGGACUGUUUCCGUCUCUAUUUCGAGAAGUUGUUAGAAGAGCCCCUCACGAAUUCAAAAUUGCUUGCCUGGAGGAAAUCAGGUCGUUAUUUCCACGUGAUAGAAAUCCAUAUCCAUUUUACGCGGGAUUUGGGAACAGAGACACAGAUGAGGUUAGCUAUAUCAAGGUCGGAAUUCCGUUGGGGAAAAUAUUUAUCAUAAACGCAAAGGGAGAGAUUGCUGUAAACCGUCAUGUCGAGACCAAGUCUUACACUUCUCUCCAUGCGCUUGUCAACGGAAUGUUUCCCAAAAUGUUUACCAGUGAGCAGGAAGAUUUUAAUUCAUGGAAUUUCUUGAAACUUUCACCACCUUCUGUCGGCAAAUAAAGGUUUAGUUUGAGGCGGACACAGUCAGGCAGGCAUCGUAUUCAACAACUAGAGUAUUGAGGUAAUCUUCAGUUCCUUCUCGGAAAGGAAAAAAGAAUCAAAGUGAAGGUUAUGUAUCGUAGCAUACCUCAACAAAACUGAAUACAGAUUAUCAGUACAAAGAUAUGUCGUGUGAAUUACUAUAUCGUGCUCUUAUGUGUAUUUAACCACGAUUUGUUUCCGACUCCAGCAAUGGUUGAAUUUCCUGUAUCGUACAAAGCUUACCACGAAAGGAGAUAUUGUGUUAGUCUCUUGCUGACAAGACAAUGCCCUUGCUUAAAACGGUGGAGUUGCUGGUAUAUUUCCCGAGAGAGUCAAUUUUGGACUGAUAUUGUUAGGCUAGUCGAAUAAGCUGUUCAACCGCGUAUUCUUUCAAUGCUCUACUCCUUGCAAUGUUAUGGCGAACGAAUGUCUUCCAUUUCCACGUUUCCUCUCGUUGAUAUAGAAGUUUCACAGUAUCAUGUAAAUGUUGAGAAACAGAUGUACUGGAUUUGAAUCCAUUAGUGUUUUAAGGUGAAGGUCAGUUUCUUAAA